UUGUCGUCCAUAGACCUUCAUAACGAAGCCCUCGUCAUUGAUUCUCACAACGAUACGAUUGUCGGGCAUAUCAGGCGAGGAAAUGUCAGCAUUUCGGAUCGGGAGACCCCCAACCGCGUCCGGCACGAUGGAACAAUUGCCUAUAUGCGCGGUCCCCUCGAUUCCGCAGCCAGCCAGAUGGAUAUCCAGAUCAAUCUGCCGAAGAUGCGUCAAGGCGGGGUUGACGCUGCUUUUUUUGCAAUUGAUGUAACGCGAGCGUGGAAGAAUCAUCUCAGCUACGCCUUAGAUGCCAUCGGCUUUUUUAAGGCAGAGGUCGAGACCCACGCCGAUGAAAUCAUCAUCGCAAGGACAGCGGAAGAUAUUCGGGAGGCAAAAGCGGCGGGCAAACUUGCUGCAAUUUUGGUCAUUGAGAACAGCGACGGUGUGGAGCGAAGUCUGAACAUCCUGAAAAGCCUCCACCACUUGGGCGUCCGAUCUAUUGGAUUGACCCACGAUCCGACCUCAUGGGCGGCGGCUGGCAACGGCGAAACAGAUAGCGGUGGCGGACUUACCCGAUUUGGCGUCCAACUGGUGAAAGAGAUGAAUCGACUAGGGAUGCUUGUCGAUGUCUCUCACAUUAGUGAGCGAGGCUUUUGGGACGUGCUGGAAAUUGCCGAACGCCCCGUGAUCGCUUCCCACAGCAACUGCAAGGCACUCUGCGGUCAUCCACGCAAUCUGACCGACGAACAGAUUAAGCGCAUCGCCGAGAAACGGCGGCGUCAUCGGUUCGACCUUCGUGACAUGGUUCAUUGA